AGCUAACUUGUUCACGAGGGCCGUUCUUUCACUUCAUUACUUGCCGGCAUUAACAAACUCCUGGUACUUUUUUUUUUUGAACAGAACUCCUGGUACUUGUGCCUUGGGUCUUAGAGAGAGAGAGAGAGAGAGAGAGUGUGUGUGUGUGUGCCUGGUGCUGGUAGAGGGUGGUCUACAGAGAGAGACCUUGUUGCAGUCAGUGUCACAGAUCGGAAAAGCAUUUUUCUGGUUACGCAUUUUGGUUCCAAGAUGGUUGCACAAGGCUUCACAGUGGAUUUGAAUAAACCCUUGGUCUUCCAGGUAGGCCACCUUGGAGAGGCUUAUCAAGAAUGGGUUCACCAGCCUAUUGUUAGCAAGGAAGGCCCUCGAUUUUUUGAAAGCGACUUUUGGGAGUUUUUGACCAAAAAUGAGUGGUGGGUAAUUCCUCUUAUCUGGCUGCCAGUUGUAUGCUGGAGCAUCUCCUUGUCUGUUCGGAUGGGCCAUACGCCUCUUCAUAUAGCAUUGAUGAUGGUCUUCGGUAUUCUUAUAUGGACAUUGAUCGAAUACACUUUGCAUCGCUUCCUCUUUCACAUCAAAACAAAGAGCUAUUGGGGAAACACCAUACACUAUCUUCUUCAUGGUUGCCAUCAUAAGCACCCCAUGGAUGGACUACGCCUUGUUUUUCCACCUGCUGCAACAGCUGUACUUUGUGUGCCUUUCUGGAACUUGGUUAAACUCGUAUUCACUCCAUCUCUCACUCCUGCUAUGUUUGGAGGUGGUUUACUUGGUUAUGUGAUGUAUGAUGUCACCCAUUACUACUUGCACCAUGGACAACCGACAAGCGAAAUACCCCGAAAUCUUAAGAAAUAUCAUUUGAACCAUCAUUUCCGGAUCCAGAACAAAGGCUUCGGUAUCACUUCGUCGUUAUGGGACAAGGUAUUCGGAACCCUACCUCAAUCAAAAGCAGCUGGAAAAAGUAAAUAAUUUCGUUCUUAAGAAUGGCUUUUGUUCAAUGGUCAGGCCACAAUGUUUAGGUGACUUGAACAUAGUUUUCUUCCUCAUCAUUCUUAUUAGUCCUUUAUUUCCCUCAAUUCUAUGGCAUGUUUUGUCCUUUGAAAUGAUUCCCCAAGUUUAGUAUGUCAGGAUGGUAUUGAUUGAUUCAUUCUUUCUGUAUGAAAUGAAUUGAUUGUGUCGGUAUUUCUCGAUGAAAUUGUCUUCUAUUUGUUUUCCCUGA